AGAGCAAUAAAAAAAAAAGUCUCUUAACCCAAAGCCCCCCUCCACUCAAUUGCCUUACUUCAAAAACCGAGCUUCUUCUCUUGAAACGCUUAAAAAGUUAAAUCAGAAAACCCAAACGCUUUUUUACUCAUCUUUCUUCUUCUUUCUGCAUAAGCCAUGACUAAAGAUGAAGACUUCAAGCUCCUAAAGAUCCAGACGUUUUCCCUAAGAGUCAACAUUCAUUGCGAGGGUUGUAACCAGAAAGUCAAGAAACUUCUACAGAGAAUCGAAGGAGUUUGCCACGUGAAGAUAGAAGCAGAACAUCAAAAGGUGACUGUUUCAGGGUCAGUUGACUCAGCCACACUCAUCAACAAGCUCGUUAAAGCCGGCAAACACGCCGAGCUCUGGUCUCCUAACCCUAACCAGAACCAACCUCAAAAGCCCAAGACUAAUGACGUCAUCAAGAACACCACUCAAAAGGGUCAGAAACAAGGCUCAGCCAAAAGUGGUCUUGAAUCUUUCAAGCCCAAGAACGGCCCUAAAGGUGCAGCCUUUGCCACGGAGGAAGAAGAAGACGGUGGCGAGGAAGAAGACGGAGAGGUCCAGCUUCCAAAACAUGCGAUUCAGCAGCAACAACCCGUCGUCAACUCCAAGAAAAACAAUGGCGGAGCUGGGGUGAACAAUGGUAACAACGGAGUCAACGCCCCAUCGAAGAAAGUCAACCAAAAGCAGAGCAAUCAAAACAACCAGAGUACUCAACAAGUAAUGGCGGCAAUGAGAAUGAGAAACGCCGGAAAAAUGAACACCGGUGUCGAAACCAACGAGAUUGGCGCCCUCAUGGGUCUAGCUGGAUUCAACGGUGCAACAAACGCCAUGACUCAUCCCACAAAUGGGACUCAACAGCAGCUUCAAGCUCCAGCGUUAAACAACAUAAACGGUGUCACCAAUCACAACCUAAACAAUGGUAACGGAGGCAUGAUGAUGAACAUGAAUGGGUACAAUAAUCAAUAUCCAAUGAACAUGCAGAGUAGGCAAAUGAUGCAUCAUCAUCCUCAGCCUCAGCAAAUGAUGUACCAAAGAUCAGCUUUCGUUCCAGCAUCAAGCAAUGGGUAUUACUACAAUUAUACCCCUCCCUACAGUUAUUAUCCUUAUUACCCUUACCAAGCUGAGCAGCAACAGCAGCAAAGUAUUCACCCAUCUCCAAGUAGUGAUGAAGACACUAGCAAUAACAAUAGCUGCAACAUCAUGUAAAGUGUGGUUGCUUGCUAUGGAAGGUUUCUUUCUGCCUAUGGAGACAAGACUUUUUCAUGUUAAUGUCUAAUGUGAUAAUAUUAAUUAGUGUCUCUCUUUUUCGACUAGGUACUUUUUUUUUGUGUGGCAUGUAGCUGUUUUGGACUGACAUGAAGUUGUGUUGGUUGAUAUAUAAAUCCUAGAAUGUUUAUUUCAUGUUCCUUGUGA